CGUUGACAACUCCAGUGCUUUCUGUCAGGCGGGAACAGUAUUUAUCUGAUAUAAAUGUUCGCAUCGUUUAAAAAAGUUUGGACAGUUUGGGAGAGUGAUGACACGUUCCAGGUAUGCGGCAGCGGCUGUGUGCGUUUAAUGAGGAUUUUGGAUAUUUAACUGGCAGACAGUUUGAUGAACUUCAGCUCCACGUUCGAUAUUUAGCCGGCGGGUCAGUUAAAAUUGGUCUGCUAUUUCAAUAUUUGGACAAUUUCCACAUAUGGAAACAGAUAGUUCAAAGAUAGCGAGGUUUUAGCUGAGUGUUGAGAUGGGUAAAGAUUAUUACAGGAUUCUGGGCAUCGAGAAAGGAGCCUCUGAUGACGAGAUCAAGAAAGCCUACAGAAAACAAGCGCUAAGAUUUCACCCCGACAAAAACAAAUCAGCCGGAGCUGAAGAUAAAUUCAAAGAGAUCGCCGAAGCUUAUGAUGUCCUGAGCGAUGCCAAGAAGAAAGACAUCUAUGACAGAUACGGAGAGGACGGGCUUAAAGGACAUGCUGGCAGUGGCACUAAUGGUCCCAGCUACACUUUUCACGGCGAUCCUCACGCUAUGUUCGCGGAGUUCUUUGGUGGACGUAGCCCGUUUGAUCAGUUCUUUGCAUCUGCUGGGGGUGCAGAUGAUGAUAUGGACAUUGACGACCCAUUUGCAGCUUUUGGGAUGGGUGGAAUGGGCGGCUUCCCUAGAUCUUUCAAGUCCCGGGUAGCAGGUGCACACGGGGGCCGGGAAAAGAAGAAAGACCCCCCAGUGGUGCACGAGCUUAAGGUGAGCCUUGAAGAAGUGUUCUCUGGUUGCACAAAAAAGAUGAAGAUCUCGCGCAAGAGGUUGAACCCGGACGGUUGCUCCAUGCGCACGGAAGACAAGAUCCUCACUGUGGAUAUCAAGCGUGGCUGGAAGGAGGGGACUAAGAUUACCUUUCCCAAAGAGGGAGACGAGACGCCCACCAACAUUCCUGCCGACAUAGUGUUUGUGGUCAAGGACAAAAUGCACUCUGUUUUUCGGAGAGAAGGCUCUGACAUCAUCUAUGCUGCAAAGAUAUCCCUCAGAGAUGCUCUAUGUGGCUGCACCAUCAUUGCUCCCACCCUGGAUGGUAGAACUGUCACAGUGACAUCACGUGAUGUCAUCAAACCUGGCAUGAAGAAGAGGAUUGUCGGAGAGGGACUGCCACUGUCUAAAUAUCCUGAGAAGAGAGGAGACAUGGUGCUGGAGUUUGUAGUGAAAUUUCCAGACAAGUUGGUACCGAGUACUCGUGAAGCUCUGGUUCAGAUCCUACCACCUUGAUCGUUGCAAUCACUAGAGCAGAGACUUCCUGCCUACAUGACGAGAGCCCAGACAGAUCCUUUGAUUGGGCCUAUCGGAUUCACUAGAUAUAUUGAACCUUUGAAAGCGUCAGUGAUACACAUACAAAUUCGCCAAGCUCUGAGAAACAUAAAAGAGCUCAAGUAAAUUAAUUUAUAGCCCCAUUACUUAUUAAUGCAACGCACUUUUUCAAAUCAUUGUGGAACAUUUCAGAAGUAAUAUACAGUACUGACUCCCAUACAUAGUUUUUCAGUACCUCAGAGUCAAUGCUCAUGUUUUGAUUGUCCUGUUUUACUGCUUCAGGUUCCCUUGCCCUGAAUCUAUGUUUAUAUAUUCUUUUAUUAAAAUGUAUUCCAAUUUUAGACUCUGCUGUCACAAUUUUACCAUGGUGUACUGUCCUCUUUUUCAGACAGGAUUGGGCAAAUUUCAGAACUUAGGAAUCAGCUCCUUUUCAAUUGAUGAGUUGGAACUUGAAGUGAAUUGGCCACAUCUCACAGGAUGUUGAAUUGGAAUUUGACUGAUUAGAAGGACAAUGAAUUACUGAAUUGGAGGGCUGGGUAAAAAUAUAGAUAUUCCGAUCUUCAUUUUAAUGAUAUCGACUUUUAAAGUCUCAAUUUCAAUCUUUUACUCUGUGUGCAACCCUUAAUAAUAUGACUUAAUUUUGUGCUAUUCAAUUAAAAAUGUCUAUGAUUAGCCACUGGCUGGUAAAUGUUCAGAUUUCACUCACAAGUGAUGGAGUGGAGAAGAGGUUACAAUGCGUGUUAAGAGUAAAAGUCCAGUUUUGCUUGUUCCGUGUAGUACUUGUCCAAAGAAGAUUGAAUGUUAUUGAAUGUCUCUUAAUAUCCUUUCUGUUCUUUACAGUUAGUUAUUGAUCAAAAACAACACAAAAAGAAACAUUUAAUUCUAAUCACAAAUUGCAUGGAUGAGGUUAAGAAGUCAGUCAACUAAAACACUCUUGUUAGAAUCGCUGAACUGCCACAAUUCUUAAAGAGACAUAACGGUUUAGGCACUUGUUCAACAUAUCAAUGUAAAAUAAUUGUAAUUAGAACAAAUUAGGCACGUAAACUAUAAACACGUAACUGUAUCCGCCUUAUUUUUCAUAGAAAACAGGGAGCCACCAUUAUCAACCAUGAAUGUGGAUCUCUUCCAGUAUAAGCCACCUCAAGCCAUUUCAGAGAUGCAAAAAUAAUAAUUUAUAUUGCAGGCUGGCAAUACAUGUGAUCGUAUUAUUAUAAUUCAUUAUUGUGUUCAUAAACAGAGUUUGAAGCGCAUAUACUUUUACUGUUUGCGUCUUCAACUUUCUUUGCACCACAACUGCAUCUUGUUUCAUCUUGGCAAAAUAAUAAACGCAUUAUUCUCUCCAUUCUUGUCAGAGCAUUCUCUCUUUCUUAGAGGUGCAUGUAAACAGACAUGCUCUCAUUCAGAAAGGCUAAAAUAAAGAUAAAAAUAAAGACAUCACAGGAGGUUAUGCAGGGACAAAUUAAUGGAGGUUUACAUGAAAGCACAUUUUAUUGUCUCUUCAAUACUUCACACAGCAAAAAGUUAAUUAUCUACUUACUCUUUUACUAUAAAUGCUGAUGUUCGAAAAUGUUCCAACAUUAGGAUAUUAUUCUGCUGUACAUACUGUGGUUGUGUGAUAGUUUAUAAGCACAUAGCACUAAAUAACGGAAAAUAUUAUCCUUUAUUUACGCUGAGGUCCAUGACAGCGGAACUUUGUCACACUUGCUGGAAAUGCAGCCGCUUGCUUGCUUCCAUGUUGCAAAAUAAGGUGGAUAUAUGCAAUAUAAUAUGUGCGAUUUCAAGACGUCACAUUUAUGGGUUGAAUACAUGGAAUAAAAUGAUGAAAAAGUAAAGAUAAAAUUGUCAUAUUAAUAUUUUCAUAAACUACCUAGUUAACUGAUCCUCUGUAUAAUUAACAGCAUUAGCUAAGAGAAUUUAGAAUUGGAAAUAUGGAUCAGUACCCAGCCCUACUGAAUUGUAAUUCAAAGAAAUUCAGCACAAGGGACAAUAGAGGAAUUGCAUUAGUCCAACACAACAAAAUUUUACAAGAACAGAUAACUUAAAAGGUGUAUGUAUUAAAAUUACAAUUACAGAAUUAUAUGUAAAAAAAAAAUAAUUAUUUGAAUUUCAUUCCAUUUUUAUUUCAUUUCUUAAAAUUUUUGUUAGAAUUCUGUAUCCUGUUUCCUACAUUGAUUGAAAUACAAUAGAAAAUCUGAAAUUGAAUCGGAAUUUAAAAGCAAUUCUCAAUUCAGCUAUGAAUCGCACAAAACCCUCCUUUCAAGGAAUCAUCCCCUCUUAACAUAUUCGUUUUUACACGCUUAAAUAGUGAGUAAAACGUUGAGUUUGUGUGUGCAGCUGUGAGUGUGAAAGCCAAUGUUGGGACUACAGGGAGAUAAAGUGCAGCAGCACAGCUGGUUUAGAUUAGGGAUGGGCAUUACCAUUAUCUGUAACUGGCCCUGGAACUUCACAAGGGCUCUUGAGUACUUUUAUCACAGUGCUUCCAGAGCUCUCUUUGUUAUGUUGCAGAUAACACAUGCUUGUUCCCUGCUGGGAGUGACCCAUGACGAGUUACUGAGGUCUAUAUAUCACCAGUGUGCACUUGAGGAUUUAAAUGCAACAAAAUCAUUAUUGAUCUUAUUUACUUCAUUAACACAUAUUCCUUGUCUCAUUGUACAAUGUUCAUCAAAGCACGUUAUUCCAAAGAAAAAAAAAAAGGUUGAUUUUGUAAUCUUUCAUCAAAAUGUAAUAACUUGCUCUGCCUUUCAAACGACUUUCCUCUUUGGCUUACAUUACUAAUUCCAACUCCUCCCCUCCAAUAACCUGGGUCAUUCUAGAAUGUAACAGCCUCCUUUAACGUUGCAGUCAAUUCCCAAUGCGUAAAAACAAGUCCCACCCUACAUUUUUCCUUAUUGAACAUCCUGAUUCAUUCAGAAAUGUCAGCUCAUGGAGGUAAAAUGGUUUGCGAAUGGUGUUUCACGUUGACUUCAACUUCAGGCUGCUCCAGAGAGACCAUACUUGCUUUAGAGUACUUGUUUUUUGCAGAAGUAACCAAAGACGUCUCAAGUUAAAAGAAAACCCUGAAUGUAGCUUUAAUUAAUGUCUAAUGGGUAAUAUUUGCUAACUAGUGCUGAUUCAUGGGAUUAUACAGUUCAAAUCUUUAAAUGAACGCUAGAAAACAUCUAAACCCAAUUUAAACUUAUAAUGUUAUUGUUGAAAUUAUUUCUUAAUAUCCAGUGUGUGAAUAUUUCUAAAUGAAAUUCUGAUUAUAUACUUAAUGUUAAGGAGAUCAUUAUGGAUGUUGAUGAAAUAGUGGGGAUCUAAUAGACCAUAUUGGAUAAUGCAUCUUAGGACUGCCAUCUUUAACCUGGUUUUAUAAGAAGGUUUGUGCCAAACUUGAUCUGGGUAUGCAGAAUGUAUUUGAUUACGAGUGCACAUGUGCACACUUACAUUGUUUCAAGAACUUCCCUGACUAUUGCUGGGGUCAUCAGCAUGCUUUGUAUUUGACAUUCACUGAAAGUUUUUGGGUUAAACUUCAGGUGUAACACUUUAAAGGAAUUGUUUAGCUGUUCUUUUUGAGUAACUUCAUUUGACAUGUUUGACAACUUUUUCUCUUUUGCAUAAUUGUUUUUAUUUACUGCAAUUAAAGGCUU